AUGUCGGACGCGAACCAGACAGAGGAUAAUAAGCCUGCGGCUCAGCCGGCAGAGCGUGAGCCUGAAACCGACAUGACGGCCGCUGAAGAGGAAGAAAUCACAGCCAUGAAGCGCCGCGUGGCUGAAAUGGAAGAGGAGGCCAAGAAGCUGCGAGAAAUGCAGGCCACUUUAGAGCAGCAGACGGCCGAUCUAGCCGAUGACAAGGAGUCGAUUGAUGCGCGGAGCAUCUUUGUCGGAAACGUCGACUACUCUGCUUCACCUGAGGAGAUUCAAGCCCAUUUCCAGAGCUGCGGGUCGAUUAACCGUGUGACUAUCCUCUUGGAUAAGUUUACCGGCCAGCCAAAGGGAUAUGCCUAUGUUGAGUUUACGGAACCCAGCUUGGUCGCCCAGGCCCUCGUCCUAAACGAAAGCGUGUUCAAGGGCCGCAACAUCAAGGUCACGCCCAAGCGAACCAAUGUUCCCGGCAUGAGUCGAGGGCGUGGACGCGGAGGGUUCCGUGGAGGUCGAGGUUUUGGCGGCCGAGGUUUCCCUCGUGGUGGCUACCGUGGCGGAUAUAGAGGUCGUGGCCGGGGAGCUCACGCGCCUUACUAG